CCCUCCCUCACAAAGGGAUCUAGGUUCCUUCUGCUUCUGCUCUCCCACUGCUUUACCUCAGAUUUCAGGGAGAGACUUGUUUCUUUUGGAUGUAUUCUGAAAAAUUAAUAGUGCCUCUCCUUUGUGUGAUCAGUUCCAGGCAGAUUUGGAAGGUGUUUUGAGCUUUGCUCUUAAAAAGUUUUGUGACAAGAACUUUGCCUUAGGUACGUAAGGUCUAGAAUGAGUGAGAGAUUUGAGGUGACUUUUGCAUGAACCAGGUGGGAUAUAAUGAAAAUUUGGCCUUUGGUGGUGACAGAGACUUAGAAAGGAGGAAAACUAUGAAAAGGAUAUGACUGGCCAAUCGAGAAGCAAGGAGUGAAACAUGAAGUUGACUAGGAGGCUUUGUUUAGAAAAUGGGGGAAACAAUCAUAGGAAUAAGAAAGCUAGGAGCAAAAGAGAGUCCAGAAGAGGAGAAAUCGGUUUGGAAGUAUCACUUUUCAAGUGCCAGUAGUUGAAAUAUCCCGUGGACAGGCCUGGAGCUGUAAACAUAAGUAGCCUUAAGUAGCCUUACCAGUUGAUUUUGGAACAGUGGAGGAGAAGCCUGAGAAAAGGAGGGGGACAAGGAGGCCCAGGCAGAGCCUAGGAACACUUAUAAUGAGAUGGUGGAAGAGGAUAAGGAGCCAGCUGAGGGGAAUGAGUGGUGGGAGGAGAACCUCCACGAUGCAGUGUCACUAAACUGAGGAAGGGAGGGAAGCUUCAGGAAGGAAAAGGUUGUCAGGGAUUUUCAGUAUUAAGCCUGUUUGUCGGAGAAAGAACUGAAGCUUUAGAGGCACUGUCCAAUAGAAACAUCAUGUGAGAGCUACAAAGACCUAAUCCAGGAGCCAGCAAGUGACAGCAGCCUGUGAGGUCCUUAGAAAGCGUGGCCUGGAGGAAAACACAUGAAAGAAAGAACCCCAAGAGGCUCUGUUUUCUGUGGAAAAGUAUAUCUAUACAGUUGCUCCAAUGACAGAGUUACCUGCACCCUUGUCCUACUUCCAGAAUGCACAGAUGUCCGAGGACAACCACCUGAGCAAUACUGUACGUAGCCAGAAUGACAGUAGAGAGCGGCAUGAUCACAGCAACGAGAGGCGGAGGCGUGGCAACACUGAGUCGGUAUCCAAUGGCCGAGCCCCCAGCAGCUCACAGCAGGUGGUGGAGCAAGAGGAAGAGGAAGAUGAGGAGCUGACAUUGAAAUACGGCGCCAAACAUGUGAUCAUGCUGUUUGUCCCUGUGACUCUCUGUAUGGUGGUAGUUGUGGCCACCAUCAAAUCAGUCAGCUUUUAUACCCGGAAGGAUGGGCAGCUAAUCUAUACUCCAUUUACAGAAGACACGGAGACUGUGGGGCAGAGAGCCCUACACUCAAUUCUGAAUGCGGUGAUCAUGAUCAGCGUCAUUGUCAUCAUGACGAUUCUCCUGGUGGUUCUGUAUAAGUACAGGUGCUACAAGGUCAUCCAUGCCUGGCUUAUUGUUUCAUCCCUGUUGUUGCUGUUCUUUUUCUCAUUCAUUUACUUGGGGGAAGUGUUUAAAACCUAUAAUGUUGCCAUGGACUACAUUUCGGUUGCGCUCCUGAUCUGGAACUUUGGUGUGGUGGGAAUGAUCGCCAUUCAUUGGAAAGGUCCACUGAGACUCCAGCAGGCAUAUCUCAUUAUGAUCAGUGCCCUCAUGGCCCUGGUAUUUAUCAAGUACCUCCCAGAAUGGACCGCCUGGCUCAUCUUGGCUGUGAUUUCAGUAUAUGAUUUAGUGGCUGUUUUGUGUCCAAAAGGCCCACUUCGUAUGCUGGUUGAAACAGCUCAGGAGAGAAAUGAAACUCUCUUCCCAGCUCUUAUUUACUCUUCAACAAUGGUAUGGUUGGUGAAUAUGGCAGAAGGAGACCCAGAAGCCCAAAGGAAGGUAUCCAAAAACUCCAAUUACAAUGCUCAAAGGCCAGCCAACUCACCAGUUACAACGACAGGCACAGAAAGUGAGUCACAAGACCCAGUGACAGAGAGUGACGAUGGUGGCUUCAGCGAAGAGUGGGAAGCCCAGAGGGACAGUCGCCUGGGGCCUCAUCACUCUACAGCUGAGUCGCGAUCUGCCGUUCAGGACCUUUCCAGCAGCAUCCUGGCCAGUGAGGACCCAGAGGAAAGAGGAGUGAAACUUGGAUUAGGAGAUUUCAUUUUCUACAGUGUUCUGGUUGGUAAAGCUUCUGCAACAGCCAGUGGAGACUGGAACACAACCAUAGCCUGUUUUGUAGCCAUAUUAAUUGGUUUGUGCCUUACAUUAUUGCUCCUCGCCAUUUUCAAGAAAGCAUUACCAGCUCUUCCAGUCUCUAUCACCUUUGGGCUUAUUUUCUACUUUGCCACAGAUUAUCUUGUUCAGCCCUUUAUGGACCAGUUAGCAUUCCAUCAGUUUUAUAUCUAGCAUAUUUACAGUUAUAAUCUCAUGGAUUUUUCUCCUUUGACUAUAAUAAAAUCUGGGGAGGACAAAGGUGAUUUUCCGGUGUCCACAUCUAACAAAGUCAAGAUUCCCAGCUGGACUUCUUGCAGCUUCCUUCCAAGUCUUCCUGACCACCUGCACUAUUGGGCGUUGGAAGGAGGCUUCUACAGAAAACGGUUUUGAACACGUCAUUGUGGUGAACUAAGUCCCUCAAUGCAGAAACUACCAGAUUUGAGGGACAAGGACAAGGCAAAGCCAUGGGCCAAAAAGUUGCUGUGCUCCCACCAGCAGGUUGACCUGUGGUCACAGGUGGACUUUACCAACGCUGCAGACUCUCAGGACUACCAUUAUUAGGAGGUUAAAUGAAAUGGUUUAAACCAAACAGGACUCUUCAUCUUAAGCUACAUAUUGAAAAUCAACCUAAUAAAUCUGUAUUGAAUUCUGAACCUUUUCGAGAGAUACCAUAAGGAGAGCAGGCACCAGCAGCAAAAUGGAAUGAUGGGAAGGGACUCAAACUUUCAGACUUUUUGCUGCAGACUUACUAUUUUUAAAUAAGACUUUUUUUCACCUGAGUCAAGUCAGAGGUAUAGGUUGAUUUUGACACUUCUUCUCAAGCACUGAAGCCCAUUACUAUCUGUGGCUGCCAUUUCUUCCCAAGGCCAGUCUGAACUUAUUUGAGGUGGCUUUAUCUUAAAAGUCUUAACCUCAGGUUCAAAUUCAGUAAUUUCUGGAAAUAAUGGGACUAUAACUCAACAUUUCCUAUCACCCUUAGGUAAAUUCUGGAUUCUCCAACAAAUUCCUAAUUUGUAGGCAUAUUGGGAGGUUCACUUGCCUCCAGGUGCCUCCCUCCUUCCCUCUCUCAUCCCUUUACCCCCCUCACGAGCACUUGUCCUGUGUGGUGAAUAAGAGCCCUGUUGUGGGAGCAGAUGGUCCGGUUGUCAUAGGAUUUCGCUCUUUGUGUGGCACAAAGAAUCUGUCAUGAAUCAGUGCUCUCAGCCCUGCUGUCAUAAUUUCUUCAAUAGCAAAAUGCAAUGUGUGCCCAAAGACAGUAGAAUUAAAGAAGAGUAAAAUUGCUCGUGAAGCA